AUGUGGAUAGGUAAGAAAUCGGUUGUGCAAAGGCCCAAAUAGGCUAAUCCCAUGCCACCGCAAAGCCUUCUGCUGUGGUGAUGCCGGGAAAGCAAUUCACUACAGACAGUGGAUUAUUUGUUUGAGCAUACACACAUAAUGUCUUUAUUGUUUUGUUGAGCCUGGAAAAGAAAGUGUAAAUAUGCCAUUGCAAAACCAAUGCUUUUCAAAGUAUAACUGUUUUGAGGUAGUAAUACUGGGGAUCGUUGUGGUGAUAAGGUUAGAGUUCAAUAAAUCAAAAGAGAAAUGUUCUAAUGGUUAUGAGUAAUGGCAAGCCCCUCAGUUGAUAUUGGAAGAUUGCCCCUCUUCAGCUGAUAUUGGAAGAUUUGCUGCUGAGAUCUCUAUCCAGUCUAUCAGGAGUCUGGUCUAGAUGCAUCCAUGUCUCCUAAGGUAUUCACAGAUACUGCUAAAUUGUCUGCUUUCAAAUGAAUUAUACAGGACGAGCUCAAAAGUGUGUUUUUACUCAAUUAUACUUUAUACUUAUUAAACAAAAAAACAUUUACUGGCAAUUCCACUUCCCUUCUCUCUCCUCCCGGUGCUUUCCAGGGGGGCUAAUCGGUAAUAAUCCCAUUUGAUUUCUCUCCACACAUUGCUUCCAAAUCCCACAGUGGACCACGAGAAGCAGGAUGUGGUGAGGCUCCUGUAGAUAUGGCCAUUGAGACACAUUUUAAUGUGGUCUCUCUCCCAGUGCUGUGUUUGAUUGUGGCAAAAAGGGGCACUGGCUUUGGGAAUGCCAUUAGUCUAAAUCCUUCAACAUGAUGGGCCUGGCAGCUCCAGUAGACAAACAGGCACAAAGAGCCCAUUUCAAGUCUAACUCCACCGUUUUCUGUUCUAUAAUCAUAUGUUCACGUUACUCAGGGGCCGACACUUUUCUCCGUGUAUAUCAAUGAUGUCGCUCUUGCUGCUGGUGACUCUCAGAUCCACCUCUACGCAGACGACACCAUUUUGUAUACAUCUGGCCCUUCAUUGGACACUGUGUUAACAAACCUCCAAACGAGCUUCAAUGCCAUACAACACUCUUUCAGUAGCCUCCAACUGCUCUUAAACACUAGUAAAACUAAAUGCAUGCUUUUCAAUCGAACGCUGCUGGCACCCGCCCACCCGACUAGAAUCACCACUCUCGACGGGUCUGACCUAGAGUAUGUGGACAACUACAAAUACCUAGGUGUCUGGUUAGACUGUAAACUCUCCUUCCAGACUCACAUAAAGAAUCUCCAAUCCAAAGUUAAAUCUAGAAUCGGCUUCCUAUUUCGCAACAAAGCCUCCUUCACUCAUGCUGCCAAACAUGCCCUCGUAAAACUGACUAUCCUACCGAUCCUUGACUUCGGCGAUGUCAUUUACAAAAUAGCCUCCAACACUCUACUCAGCAAAUUGGAUGUAGUCUAUCACAGUGCCAUCCGUUUUGUCUCCAAAGCCCCAUACACUACCCACCACUGUGACCUGUACGCUCUUGUUGGCUGGUCCUCACUACAUGUUCGUCGUCAAACCCACUGGCUUCAGGCCAUCUAUAAAUCACUGCUAGGCAAAUCCCCGCCUUAUCUUAGCUCAUUGGUCACCAUAGCAGCACCCACCCGUAGUCUGCGCUCCAGCAGGUAUAUCUCACUGGUCAUUCCUAAAGCCAACACCUCCUUUGGCCGCCAUUCCUUCCAGUUCUCUGCUGCCAAUGACUGGAACGAAUUGCAAAAAUCUCUGAAGCUGGAGACUCUUAUCUCCCUCACUAACUUUAAGCAUCAGUUGUCAGAGCACCUUACCGAUCACUGCACCUGUACACAGCCCAUCUGAAAUUAGCCCACCCAACUACCUCAUCCCUAUAUUGUUAUUUAUUUUGCUCUUUUGCACCCCAGUAUCUCUAUUUGCACAUAAUCUCUUGCACAUCUAGCAUUCCAGUGUUAAUACUAUUGUAAUUAUUUUGCACUAUAGCCUAUUUAUUGCCUUACCUCCAUAACUUGCUACAUUUGCACACACUGUAUAUAUAUUUUCUGUUGUAUUUUUGACUUUAUGUUUUUUUUACCCCAUAUGUAACUCUGUGUUGUUGUUUUUAUCGCACUGCUUUGCUUUAUCUUGGCCAGGUCGCAGUUGUAAAUGAGAACUUGUUCUCAACUGGCUUACCUGGUUAAAUAAAGGUGAAAUAAAAAAAUAAAAAUAAAAAACAGGGUAGUGUGUGGGUGUUGGAAAAGAAGAGAGAGCAUUGGAUCCUUCAAAAGGUAAGGAAAAUCAUUUUAUUUAGUAUAAACUAAAUUUGAAUCAAUUAUAAUAUUGGCUGAAUCGCAUAACUAAUCUCUAUUUUAGACUAAUCAUUGAAUAUUUAGUAGAGAUAUUAAAGGGACACCACCCAAAAAAACACUCCACCCCCCCAAUAAACAUAUAUUGCCAUAAUGGUCAGGAAGUGUGUCAGCUUACAUCAGUCUCACCAAAAGCAGCAAAUUGGAAUCUAAAGGUCACGUAAUCAGUAACUGUUUUUUUUAAUCUUAUGGUGUGUGAAACAUUAGCGCUUGGGAGAAAAAAUGAUGCACUUACAAGGAUUGUCAGCUAGGUGGAGUUGUCUCACUACUUACAGGAGAAUUGUCAUUAGAUUCUACUGAGAUGUAUUCGAGUCAGCACACUCUCUGCCUGGCCAUGGACUGCUCUUCAAAGGGAGUGAGUAACAGUGCUGGGUUCUCUAUCCAACUUUCCACUAAAGCCAGAAAAUAAAAGGUGGCACAAAUUCCUGUUGGCCAUAGGUUCUCUCUGCUCUUGAACUACUUAUGAGGAACACAACCUUUUGAGCAUAAACGUACAAAUAAAUACAUAUUCAGAUAAUUGCAUAUGCUCUGAUACCAGUGGCGGUCAGUGCCUUUUCGUUUCAUGAGCAUGACCUUAUUUCUAUUACAGCAUAUUGGACGACUCUCAUAAAUAUUCCAUUCACCCAGUUCAAUGUAACAGCGAUAGGUUUAGGCUACUACAUGAUACUCAAAAUUUCCCUGUACCCUUUCAUGAGGUUGCUACAACCUAGCCUAUGAAUGAAAGUUUACAACAGUGGCGGUCAGUGUCGUUUAAGAUGAGGGAGGACAAUAUUUUUUUCAUGAGCAUGGCCUUAUUUCUAUUACAGCAUGUUGGAUGACUCUCAUUCAUAUUCCAUUCACCCAGUUCAAUGUAACAGCGAUAGGUUUAGGCUACUUCAUGAUACUCAAAUGUUCCCUAUACCCAUCAUGAGGUUGCUACAACCUAGCCUAUGAAUUAAAGUUUACAAAGUAGGUGCACACAGGUCGAGAGACAAAUUUGAGGUCACAGACAGUGACACAUGGACAGACAGUGACAUUCAAUACCGCCUUGCACAAUCUUGCCUGCAUCUAGCUAAUAUAGGGUGUAAUCAUUAGUACAACAGUUGCAAAUGAGAGUUUCUAUUGGACAAAUUCAGGUAUGUUUAUCCCCGUUUUCUUCCGUUUGCUUCCAUUUAAGAAAUGUUUUUCAACAGAAUCGGCGGAAUGAAUACACCCCUGAUCACGCGUAAACACAGUUCACUUUCAUAGCAGCCACUUUGUAUUCCUUGUCGCAUCUAUGCACUCUCCUCCUCUCACCUCUUCCCUUCGCUUGUGGACUUCAAUGCCAACACAUCAGCUGUAUGUGACCAGGCGAAAAAACCUUUCCAAGCCAAACCGCUACACACAGCCUACAUCGUUGUCACCAUAUUAGCUAAAGUAACGUCAUAGUCAGCAUAGCUAAUAGAACUAACGUGUUAGUAAACCCGCUACAAUCAUGCAGUAACGUAAGCAGUUACACCGGCGGGCCCUGGUGGCAAUGUAUUAGUAAAACCAAAAGCUUACCUUGAGUUGUGUUGAAAAGUCAUAGCCAGCUAGCUGAAUCGCAUCCCUCUGUUUGAGCAGGGUGUUUCAGUAAGCUAAACUAGCUAGCUGCAUUUGCUAGCUAAGUAAGUGAAACUGAAAGUGAAGAAAAAUGACGGAAUCUCUCUCUCUUGCUUCUCCUUCAUUUUGGAAGAAAUUAAAUUGUCUUUCUCUCUCUUUGAGUCAACUACUCACCACAUUUUAUACACUGCAGUGCUAGCUAGUUGUAGCUUAUGCUUUCAGUACUAGCUAAUUAUCCGAUCCUUUGAUUGGGUAGACAACAUGUCAGUUCAUGCUGAAAGAGCUCUGAUAGGCUGGAGGACAUCCUCCUGAAGUUGUCAUAAUUACUGUGUAAGUCUAUGGAAGGGGGUGAGAACCAUGAGCCUCCUAGGUUUUGUAUUAAAGUCAAUGUACCCAGAGGAGGACGGAAGCUAGCUCUCCUCCGGCUACACUAUGGUGCUACCCUACAGAGUGCUGUUGAGGCUACUGUAGAACUUCUUUGCAAAAUAGUGUGUUUUAAUUAAUUAUUUGGUGAUUAUAUUUAGUAUAGUUUUAUCUAAAAAUGAUAACUUUUUAAAUGUUUAACUAUUUAAAUGUUCAUGAAAUUUACUGAGGAGGAUGGUCCUCCCCUUCCUCCUCUGAGGAGCCUCCACUGUCUGAUACUUUUAACUCUUCUCUAUUUUGAUGUGAUGUACAGUAUGCCAACUUUGUGGCUGUAUGGAGGUGAGUAGUGUUCAAUCUCUCAAUAUGAAGCAUGUGAACCUUGUGUGAUGUGUCACUUAAUUGUGAUUAAUUCCAGGUGCUAGAGUGGGGUGGGGUUUUGCAUUUAAAUGCCCAGUGUUUCCCUGUGUCCAGCAGAUCCCUUUUUAUUAUUUUUUAUCCAUGUACAGGUUGGCGGUUGCUGGGAGGACAGUGUGGCUAAAGGCGUCCGCGUACAUAGGUUCGGUAUGUUUCUAGCAGAACUUGGCUAGGCGAAACAAACGUCUGUGCUCGCAUACAUUAUUCCCUAAAGACCUUCACUUGAAAAAUGAGAAAAAAGUGGCAAUAUUACUGUUGUUUGUUCCUUUUGAGCCACUGUAGCAACAACAUACACUUCCUCAAAAUAGGCUGAAUUUAUUAAGAUAAAUAAUUUAUUUUAGACGUUUUUGCCAAGGAGGUCUUAGACGCACAAUUUUACAUCUAACUAAGAUGUUUAUUGCAGUAUUUCUCAAGUGAAAAAAAUAGCAUGAAGACAAGUGAUCUCUUGUUGAGUGACAAAACACUUCAUGUUCCCACUCUUACUAGGAGUAGUACUGUUGACCAAUCACUGACGAAAGAGGCGUAGACUUCGGCUUCCGAACUUGACUUGCCUCAAUAUUUUUUGGGGUGUACAAACAGCUGAGAAAAACCCCUGCCGAAGACCAAACAUAUAACAAAAACUUCACAAUAUGUAUAUGCAAACUGUUUCAACUGGGAAACUUUAGUCCAACCCUGUUCCUGGAGAGCUACCAUCCUGUGGGUUUCACUCCAAACCCAGUUGGAUUCAGCUUAUCAACCAGACAAUUAUUAGAAUCAGGUGUGGUAGAGUAGGGUUGGAGCUCCAACCUACAGGACAGUAGCUCUCCAGGAACAGGGUUGGAGAGCCCUGCAUUAGUCCAUUUGACAUAACAACUUAUAAUCACAAUUAGAGUAAGUGCCUUGCUCAAGGGCACAGCAACAGAUGUUUUACCUUGUCAACACAGGGAUUCAAACCAGCGACCUUUCAGUUACUGGCCAAACACUCUUUACCACUAGGCUACCUGCCGCCUGUAGUCCAAAUUCAGUGAAACCAGAUUGUAAGUGUGCUUGCGGUGUGAGAUCCCAUCUCCCUCCAGAUCCGUUCUCCUUCUCCCAGGACAUGCCCUCCUCAGUUUGCACUUAUUUUUUGCAAUGGAAAAGCGUUUGUUUAUUUUCUGUAGGUCUUAAGCAGAAAUAUAUAGCAGCCAUAAAUCAACGUAUAAAUAUCCAAUAAUCAAUGGAGCGCUCCGCACACAAAACAUAUUCGGCCCUGUCGCUCAUUCAACUAGCUAUCCAAUAACAAUAUUAAACGUUAGCUUUACAAUAAAUAUCAGUAAUUACAAGUGUAAACAACUGAGGAGGGAGUGCCCUGGGAGAAGGAGAGAAGAUCUGGAGGGAGAUGGGGUCUCACGCAGCAAGCACACUUACAAUCCGGUUCCACUGAAUUUGGACUAAGCCACACCGUCCCUGCUCUCGUCCUCCCAGCGCACGCCAACCUGUGCAUGGAGUAAAGAGAUCUGCUGGACACAGGGAAAGACUAGGUAUAUAAAAGAAAAACCCUGCACCCCUACUGACAGGUAGCACCUGGAGAUAAUCACAUCUUCAUGACAGAUGUCACACCUGCAAGAGUGUCAAAAGCAAGAGGUAAUUGUAGAAACCAAUACAAUUGAUGAAAUAUCUCCCUUUGGCUUAUAUUCUAGAAAUAGACACACCUGUGUGCCAAGGAGAGGGUGUCAAAGAAAUAUGUGCAAAACAAUUUUUAUCCUUGAACAUUUUUAGUAGACACAGUCAAUGCUGUGGAUUUUUUUUACAAUCUUCCAUUGAGACUGAUGUCAUUCUAGGCAGUAAAAGUACAUUCUUUGGACCGUUUUGUCUAGUACUGUAGUGGUGACACGUGUUUUCAGUCUAUUCAGGAGAUCAUACAGUGGCUUGCGAAAGUAUUCACCCCCGAUGGCAUUUUUCCUAUUUUGUUGCCUUACAACCUGGAAUUAAAAGGGAUUUUUGGGGGGUUUGUAUCAUUUGAUUUACACAACAUUCCUGCCACUUUGAAGAUGCAAAAUAUUUUUUCUUGUGAAACAAACAAGAAAUAAGACAAAAAAACUGAAAACUUGAGCGUGCAUAACCAUUCACUUUGUAGAGCCACCUUUUGCAGCAAUUACAGCUGCAAGUCUCUUGGGGUAUGUCUCUAUAAGCUUGGCACAUCUAGCCACUGGGAUUUUUACCCAUUCUUCAACCGCUCCAGCUCCUUCAAGUUGGAUGGGUUCUGCUGGUGUACAGCAAUCUUUAAGUCUUACCACAGAUUCUCAAUUGGAUUGAGAUCUGGGCUUUGACUAGGCCAUUGCAAGACAUUUAAAUGUUUCCCCUUAAACCACUCAAGUGUUGCUUUAGCAGUAUGCUUAGGGUCAUUGUCCUGCUGGAAGGAGAACCUCCGUCCCAGUCUCAAAUCUCUGGAAGACUGAAACAGGUUUCCCUCAAGAAUUUCCCCGUAUUUAGCACCAUCCAUCAUUCCUUCAAUUCUGACCAGUUUCCCAGUCCCUGCCAAUGAAAAACAUCCCCACAGCAUGAUGCUGCCACCACCAUGCUUCACUGUGGGAUGGUGUUCUCGGGGUGAUGAGAGGUGUUGGGUUUGCGCCAGACAUAGCGUUUUCCUUGAUGGCCAAAAAACUUAAUUUUAGUCUCAUCUGACCAGAGUACCUUCUUCCAUAUGUUUGGGGAGUGCCUUUUGGCGAACACCAAACGUGUUUGCUUAUUUUUUUCUUUAAGCAAUGGCUUUUUUCUGGCCAUUCUUCCGUAAAUCCCAGCUCUGUGGAGUGUACGGCUUAAAGUGGUCCUAUGGACAGAUACUCCAAUCUCCGCUGUGGAGCUUUGCAGCUCCUUCAGGGUUAUCUUUGGUCUCUUUGUUGCCUCUCGGAUUAAUGCCCUCCUUGCCUGGUCUGUGAGUUUUGGUGGGCGGCCCGCUCUUGGCAGGUUUGUUGUGGUGCCAUAUUCUUUCAAAUUUGUUAUAAUGGAUUUAAUGGUGCUCCGUGGGAUGUUCAAAGUUUCUGAUAUUUUUCUAUAACCCAACCCUGAUCUGUACUUCUCCACAACUUUGUCACUGACCUGUUUGGAGAGCUCCUUGGUCUUCAUGGUGCCGCUUGCUUGGUGGUGCCCCUUGCUUAGUGGUGUUGCAGACUCUGGGGCCUUUCAGAACAGGUGUAUAGUGAGGGAAAAAAGUAUUUGAUUCCCUGCUGAUUUUGUACGUUUGCCGACUGACAAAGACAUGAUCAGUCUAUAAUUUUAAUGGUAGGUUUAUUUGAACAGUGAGAGACAGAAUAACAACAACAAAAAUCCAGAAAAACGCAUGUCAAAAAUGUUAUAAAUUGAUUUCCAUUUUUAUGAGGGAAAUAAGUAUUUGACCCCUCUGCAAAACAUGACUUAGUACUUGGUGGCAAAACCCUUGUUGGCAAUCACAGAGGUCAGACGUUUCUUGGAGUUGGCCACCAGGUUUGCACACAUCUCAGGAGGGAUUUUGUUCCACUCCUCUUUGUAGAUCUUCUCCAAGUCAUUAAGGUUUCGAGGCUGACGUUUGGCAACUCGAACCUUCAGCUCCCUCCAAAGAUUUUCUAUGGGAUUGAGGUCUGGAGACUGGCUAGGCCACUUCUUGAGCCACUCCUUUGUUGCCUUGGCCAUGUGUUUUGGGUCAUUGUCAUGGUGGAAUACCCAUCCACGACCCAUUUUCAAUGCCCUGGCUGAGGGAAGGAGGUUCUCACCCAAGAUUUGACGGUACAUGGCCCCGUCCAUCGUCCCUUUGAUGCGGUGAAGUUGUCCUGUCCCCUUAGCAGAAAAACACCCCCAAAGCAUAAUGUUUCCACCUCCAUGUUUGACGGUGGGGAUGGUGUUCUUGGGGUCAUAGGCAGCAUUCCUCCUCCUCCAAACACGGCGAGUUGAGUUAAUGCCAAAUAGCUCGAUUUUGGUCUCAUCUGACCACAACACUUUCACCCAGUUCUCCUCUUAAUCAUUCAGAUGUUCAUUGGCAAACUUCAGACGGCCCUGUAUAUGUGCUUUCUUGAGCAGGGGGACCUUGCGGGCGCUGCAGGAUUUCAGUCCUUCACGGCGUAGUGUGUUACCAAUUGUUUUCUUGGUGACUAUGGUCCCAGCUGCCUUGAGAUCAUUGACAAGAUCCUCCCGUGUAGUUCUGGGCUGAUUCCUCACCGUUCUCAUGAUCAUUGCAACUCCACGAGGUGAGAUCUUGCAUGGAGCCCCAGGCCGAGGGAGAUUGACAGUUAUUUUGUGUUUCUUCCAUUUGUGAAUAAUCACACCAACUGUUGUCACCUUCUCACCAAGCUGCUUGGCGAUGGUCUUGUAGCCCAUUCCAGCCUUGUGUAGGUCUACAAUCUUGUCCCUGACAUCCUUGGAGAGCUCUUUGGUCUUGGCCAUGGUGGAGAGUUUGGAAUCUGAUUGAUUGAUUGCUUCUGUGGACAGGUGUCUUUUAUACAGGUAACAAACUGAGAUUAGGAGCACUCCCUUUAAGAGUGUGCUCCUAAUCUCAGCUCGUUACCUGUAUAAAAGACACCUGGGAGCCAGAAAUCUUUCUGAUUGAGAGGGGGUCAAAUACUUAUUUUCCUCAAUAAAAUGCAAAUCAAUGUAUAACAUUUUUGACAUGCGUUUUUCUGGAUUUUUUUUUUGUUAUUCUGUCUCUCACUGUUCAAAUAAACCUACCAUUAAAAUUAUAUACUGAUCAUUUCUUUGUCAGUGGGCAAACGUACAAAAUCAGCAGGGGCUCAAAUACUUUUUUCCCUCACUGUAUACAUACUGAGAUCAUGUAACAGAUCAUGUGACACUUAGAUUGCACACAGGUGGACUUUAUUUAACUAAUUAUGUGACUUCUGAAGGUAAUUGGUUGCACCAGAUCUUAAUCAGAGGCUUCAUAGCAAAGGGGGUGGAUACAUAUGCACGCACCACUUUUCCGGUAUUUAUUUUUUAGAAUUUUUUGAAACAAGUUAUUUUUUAAAUUUCACUUCACCAAUUUGGACUAUUUUGUGUAUGUCCAUUACCUGAAAUCCAAAUAAAAAUCAAUUUAAAUUACAGGUUGUAAUGCAACAAAAUAGAAAAAACGCCAAGGGGGAUGAAUACUUUACUUUUGCAAGCACUGUACAUCUCAACUUUCCAGUGCAAAUGUAAAUGUUUAUCUGCCCCCAGAGAAGGAGGUAAGACAGUGAAAAUAUGACAUUACAGUCAUAGUCACUGGCUCCUGUUAUCUAGGUAUCCAUGCAGAAAGCAUGUAGCACCAGCUGUACCACUGGUGCCAGGAUCAUUCAUUUGGAACCAUCUGUAUUGGGAACACACUUACUGCAAGUGUCAUUAGAAUUAGAUAGUUUGGUUAGGUUAGGGUUGAGCCAGGGUGUGAACAUGAAGUUAGGGUUAGGGUUCAGGGUUAGGGUUGAGAUGUGGUGUGGACAUGAAGCUAGGGUAAGGGUUAGGGUUAGGAUUAGGGUUGAGGCUAGGUUCCCAGCUCAACUCUGACCCUCAACCCUAAACCUAACCAUAGCUUCAUGUCCACACCCCGGCUCAAUCCUAACCCUAACCAUUAGGGUUACGCCUAGAGUUAGGGUUGAGAACGGGUGUGACAUGAAGUUAGUGUUAGUGUUAAAGUUAUGGCUAGGUUUAGGGUUAUGACCAUGGUGUGGACAUGAAGCUAGGGUAAAUGUAGCGUUAGGGUUAGGGUUAUGGCUAGGGUUAGGGUUAGGGUUGAGCCGGGGUGUGGAGAUAGCGUCAGGGUUACGGUUACAGUAUGGCUAGGAUUAGGGUUGAGCCGGGGUGUGGACAUGAAGCUAGGGUUUGGGUUCAUAAUGCACAAUGUGCAGCCCUGAUAGGAUAAGAUAGGAUAUCAAUGCACAUUCUCCAAAUUAGGUGUGGGGUCGUUCCAUGAAAUUAGUGCCUUUUGCCUUUGACAUUUUAAGUUAAAAUUGUGCACAAAUACUGCAUUUUAAAAGACUGUUAUACUGUAUUAAAUGAAGUGCCCUACAAUAUAGACCACAUGGAAAAUUCAAUAAAUCAGAUUAUUUAUAUGAAUAAUAAAGUUUUCACAAUCAUUGUAAAGCCCUACUUAUUUUGUUGCUUUGACAAAAAGUCAUUUCUGAAGAUUAUUAUUUAUAUUAAAAAAUACUGUCCCUCAUUUUAAGGUCAGCCCUGUUAUAUGGUGAAACUAUUCCAUUUUAAAUAAUUUUUUCAAAAGAAACAUUGAACAUAUACAGUAAUAGUCAAACAGAGCAGCCAACUCUCACACAUUGGCAGAGAGACACAUGCAUUUGACCCUCUUCUCACGCUCUCACGGCACACCUCUUAUAUCUCACGCAUUGAAAAGUACUGCUUUUAUUUUUCUAAUUAGUCCAUUGUAUAGUGAGCGCGUUAACUUUUCAACUGUGCUCCAAAUCAUUUUGAAAUCGGAGCAUCUGUGCCUGCAAUUUAACAUCACGAGCUGAACCUCUAUCAUUGUCCUGUCUUGCCACAGCACUGGGAACAGCGGCAAUCAAGGGGAUUGGAUGCAUGUGUUAAAGAAACGGCCCUCAAGAUUAGAGUGGAGCUGAAUAGAGCCCCACAGUGGAGGUGUCAUAAUACCCAUAAAACCUAGCGGUCAAACAGGGAAAUGGUUCCUAUGGUUUUUCCACCAUUCAUUUUUCCCAUAGGGGAUUUCAGAAACAUCACGCCAGGGUAAGCCUACACGAAACACAGCCCUUAUUUGAAGUGUUUCUAAAAUCCCCUAUGGGAAAAAUGAAUGGUGGAAAAAUGAUUGGAACCAUUUCCCUUUUUGACCACUUGGUUUUAUGGGUAUUAUGACUCAUACUGUGGUACUCUAGGGAGAGAGAACGUUCUCUGCUAAGUUUAUACAACUCUAAAAAGAGUAGCACGGUAGUGCUGUUUUAUGUACAAUGUUGUCAACAAAAUUAGGUUGCUGUUACUCCAGUCCCUAUUGUAGAACGCAGCCUUUUGACAGCAUGUACUAAAGUUGAUUUAAUCCACACUUGCAUUAGUCCCCUCAUUUGGUGAUUGGUGUUUAGGCUGUGACAACAAAAGGGCAGCAGACAGACCUACUGUAAAGUAUGUUUUAGCAGGUUUGGUAGGGUGACCUGAUUUGUAACUAUGAAAAUAAUUUUGUCAAACAGAUUGUGAACCUAAAAGUGUACGUUUUAUUCUAUAGGGGGGUAAAUAAAUAGAAAACUAAUUUGGUUAGGGUGUAGGGACAGAUUUAUGUCAUAUUCAGGAGAUUUGAUUAUUGAUUUACUUUAUUUAGUCCGAUCAGUGGAACAAUUCUCAUUCUUAACAAUGGGUUAAAAUAUAUGGUAAUUACUGUGUCAGCAAGAACACUACUGUUAUUCCCCACACUUAUUUUAUUAUUAAAAAGGUUGCCAGUAUAUUCACAUAUUUUAAAUCUGAUAUGGCUACUUGUGUCUUUUUGUAUGAGGCUAUGUAUUUUUGCAGCCAUUCAUGGACAGUUUUGAAUAAGUCAUACAAAUAAGCAUUGGAUAUUAAAUGCUCCAUGAAUCAAAUAUAAUUUUUGACAUUUUAGUAUUGCGCACAUGCUAGGCAGAGAUGGUAGGGGUACUCACGACUCAUAAACACAUCAUAUUUUGUUUGUGUCCUUACCUUGAAAACAGUCUAUGGACAAGGAAACUGCAAUCUAGGAUUUGGUUACCCACUGCCAUCAACCAUUAAUAUAAAAAUGUUACUUUCAAUUGAAUCCCCAAAAAUCUCAAAGUAACAAAGGUGUUGAAUUUUGAGUGUUAAUUUAAUGUUCAAAGCAUCCUGAAUACACCUGACCUGUUAUUAGCCUGGUCAAAAUACGUAGAAUUGCAGGAAAUUAGGUUUAAAACAGUACCAUUUUUCAUCUAGGGGUUGUGCCAGGCGGCAAUGAAAUUCACAUUGCAAAUCUCACUCCAAGCUUUCUUCAAAAGUUGGCAACCCUGAGACAAAUCAUAGUGUAAAAGCCGGUGAGCUGGUUCUACUCCUUUUCUCCAUUUGCUGGUGUUUUGUGGUGGAAAACUGAGCUGGUCGAGCAUAAAACAGCAACCCUGUUACCCAUAGAUAGACAGACUAGAAAUGUUUUAACAAUUUAAAAUGUUUUGUGAAGCUUGCAUUCAAUUACCACUCCCUGUUGCACACAACACACUUUCAGUCCUCCUGUCACAAGGGGAUUUAUGGCUGGUUUAAGAUGAAGUCGUCGACCCUGUUACGGUCAACCCUGUUACUUUAUUUGGCACUUAAUAGGUACUUACUAUAGGAUUAUUAAUUUUUUACUUCUUGAGAUGGGAAAACUUGUUUUUUAUUAAGUUAAACAUGUGCUCUUUAUGACAGAAUGUUAAAAUAAGAUGCAAUAAAAUGUUUUUUCCCCACCAAGUUACACUACUCAAAAGACACAGAAUUGGUGGAACGACCCUGUGGUUGUGUGACUGACUGAUUGUGACUGCCCUGGAGUGACAAUGUGUGGACAGUCUAAUUGUGGUUGGAGGUCAAUGGAGUAAUUGUACUCAGGAAAUGUGAGAAUAUCCUCCUAAGCCCAAAGCUGUCAUUUACUAAAUCACCCAAUAAUAAUUUAUCACAGGUGGUUGUCAUGAUCUGAGUGAAAUGGAGGGAGCCAUCAUGCUGCUCUAAUUGCAAGGAGAUUAUCAUCCACAAAAUCUUCAAGUUCUGCCAGUCAGUUAAGUCUGAAUAAUGAUCCUAAGAGAUGAUAAAGUUUUAUCUUGACUUAGUGAGAUUAAACUUGAAGCCAAAAUUCUAUUAGACAUUUUAACAGACAGCCUUUGUGAUUUUAUUGAUUUGAUCAAAAACAUUCAACAGAGAAAGAGAGAAAGACGAAAAAAAACAUGUAUAAAACAAUUCCUGAAAUGAUGAGAAAUGACUGUGAAGUCCCCUGAGCCAGUAGAUAGUGUAGAUGUCACAACACCAAGGGAUCACACCUAUGAGUCACAACACAAAACUGUCCCUUACCCAUACCUCUUAAAAAUAAAAUAACAGUUUCUUUCUGCCUUUCCUUUGAUAAAAACAUAACAGUAAUCUAUGCCCUUUACUUUGUUUUUACAUUCUGCACGCACUGUUGAGAUAUCCCUGCAGCGCUAACCCUGGGAGCCUAAGUGAGUGAGUGGCCAUAUUUACUGACAGUCGAUGAAAAACUGUUCAUUAAAUCCCUUCCGCAGAUUUUGGGGAAGAAAAGUUGGGCUGAAAAGUCUCUGAAGUUUCUUUCCUCCCUCUUCAUCCACUCUCACCUCAUCUCACCUCAAGUAUCUAAUUGCUGUAGCCAGGGGCACACUGAGCAAAGAUGUUGUUUUGUGUUUCGCCAAGCCUUUAAUUAUCUCUCCUGAAGAUAAAGCUAAGCCUAAUCUCAACUAAUGAGAAGUCUAAAAUUCUGCUAAAUGGGAGUGAGGGUGGGAAGAAAUAGCCCCCGUGGUGCGACUCGGAAUACAUCAGUAUACACCUACUGUGAUCAUGUUACAGGCCCCAUUGAAGAGCGCUCAAGGAAUCUUUCACGCAGAGGGUCUCUAAGGAUUAGGUUACUCACCAGGGUCACCUUCACAGUUUAUAUUGAUCACACACAACCCCCAACAAUGAUGUUGGGCUUUGAUAGGAUCAAAAUGUGAUGUAUAAAAGAAAUAAACACUCUAACAUACAAAAAGCACAGGUUAAAGUGUAGAAUAUGUGAGUACUGUCAACUAUUUUGAAAGCAGCAAAAUUUUACCCAAUACCCUGGCUUAGAGCAAUUAUCAACAUGUCUGGAACACAGAUGUGUCAAUUGAGAUGUUUCAAUUGACUCUUUAUUGUUUUAAUUAAAAUGUUGGUUUACCACAAUGGGCUUCCCUUGGUUUGGCUAAAAUACAGGGUGCUAGACAGCUUCCCCGUAUGAAGUUGAGGGGUUUCCUCCCAAAUACUUUUUUUUUCUAGCUCCAUGGACUUUGUUCUUUAGACCUCUCUAUGCCAAACAUAGCCUCCAAAUCCACUGCCUGCUGGGAGUCUGACAACCAAUUAUUCCGCAGUUCCCAUCACACUAAAACAUCUUCUUUCCUAGUUAUCUGGUUCUGAAGUCAUAUCAGGGCUCUAAUCUAGUCCCACCUGGCUUGGACUGUGACAACAUCUUCUGCACACCUUAUGGUCAGUGGGAGAACACUUUACAGGAUCAGAACCAUCUUCUCUCAAGGUAGCUCUUUCCUGCUGUAUGUUAUCAGUAACUGGCAUGCCUGCAGCACAUGGCAGAGGUGUACAACACACACACACACACACACACAUGUAGGGCUGUUGUCCAUGUGUGGGACUCCGUGGGGGUAGCCCUGGGAGAGAAGAGGCAGCAGUAGUGACAGAGACAGAGUCUGGGAAGGAGGAAGGGAGGGUGUGGUGGUGCUUGAGGUGUCUGAGGUACUGCUGCUUAAGACCAGACCAGAGCAGAGCCUGGGACUGACUCCAAAGCUUCUCCGAGCUCCACUUCUCACUGGUCGCUGCUUCUGGAUCUAACUGCCUCUCGCGUAUCUCAAAGAGAAAUUGUCACUAUCUUUUUUGAAUUUGGAGCUGUUUGUACUCACAGCUGUUUGGAACAUUGGAACAGAAUAAUGGAUCUCACCACUUUUUACUUCCUGGCCACUACUUUGGUUUUGAUGCUGGAGCAUGAAGGUAAAGACUUUUCUCCUGAAAUUUCAGAUUUUUACAUGAUUAUUGAGCGCUUUUUGUUUCAAUUGGAAUAAAGUGUGUUUUACUAUCCUGUGGGGUGUAAUUGUUGCACCUAAGCUGAGGUUUAAUAGAGACAACAUGUAGUAGGUAAGUGAGCCCUCAUGUUGGCCAUGCCUGUGAGCAGAUGCCUGUCUGCUUUCUGCCUGCUUUUAUCUCUGUCUGCUUUGACAUGUUUUUCAAAAGAGCAGCUUGUUCAAUUUGAUUUAUUUUGUCUACUGGGAACUGUACAGCCUGUUUUAUAUUAUUUUGACAACUGUUAUUAUGAAGGAAAUGUCCAAAUCCCCUGCUCAAGAGUUACAAUAUUCUGUAUGCAUACGCAUAAUUAACCUCUGAUAUAAUCUUUGCUGCUGAUGCAAUGUUGUGAACUGAUAUAAUUUUUGUGCUGAUGUCGAAUGAGGACAGUGUUCUGUAGUACACGUUUCAAAACAAAGGGAAAGGAUAAAACAAUGGAUAAAACAUACCUGUACUUUACAACUUUGGAUGAUAUCAUAUAUGUACAGGCAAAGGGAAAUGGUGAGGAGAAAUGUGGAGAUUCUGACAACCCAAAGGCCUUAUCUACGCUUGAGACUGAUGUCCUCCUUGACCAUAGGAUUUAUGUGCGAGCUAAUGUAAACCUCAGUGUUCUGAUUAAAUCCCCAACCUGGCCCUUAAAUUACCAGGGACACCUAAAUACCAUAUAUUAAUCAGAGGGAAAAGUCAAAAACACCUACAGACUCCUCGAUCGAAGAAGGACAAAACUGAUAAUCUUAUGUCAGGACACAAGCAAAAAUAAGAGGUAACUAUCUAGAGAUAAGUACUCUCUAUAGAUACUGUAUCUCGAGAUAGGUAAUAUCUCUAGAUCAGAAGAUACAAUGCGACAGGUGUUCACAAUGGGCUAUUGUUAUAUCAUGAAGCGCUUUUGAGGAAUUUGAACGACCCAUUCAGCAUAUUCAAAAAAAUAUACUGCCCUUUUGGUCUGAAUAUUUCUACUUUAUGUGUUGCUGUCCAUGUGUGCUGCACAUUCCCUUAGGAACCACAGAACAGAAGUCAGUUCUAUACCCGGGCCCUCCUGGCAACCCCCUCACUCCUGUAGAAGGCUUUAGCUGGAGGAAACAGGGAUUCAGCUCUGGUGGUGAACUUACAUUUCACAGCACCCCAAUGAUCUGAACCAGGAAAGACAUUCACCAUAAAUGUCAAUCCAAAUCAUUUGGAUAGAGAGCUUGUAGAUUAUAUGUCAAAGUCAAGACAUUAUGAAGGGAAAUAAAAGUCCUCUCUCAUUUAAUUAGAUGAGUCAGGGAAUUCAGGAGCAUUGGUUAACAUGGAUUAUUAUUAUGGAUUUGAUUAGACAGAUACUUCUAAAAACAAUUUCCUGUGUCAUGGUUAACUAGGCGUUGUUAAAGUACACUCUUUGGUUUAUUGUUUCUGAUACAUGAUAAUAAUAGUUUAACAUUGGUUAGUUCAGCAAUAUCUGGAAUCCAUAAACCCCGUUAUACACAGCACCACUGUUGCUUGUGGUACUAUGCCACCCAAAAAGAAGAUCAUAUGUAUAUACAAGAUUACCAGGGAUAGAAUCUGUGGUAGGUUAUCCUGUUAUAUCCAGAACUAAUCUUGUAAAAACACAGGGCCAGGGGCUCUGACAAUAUUGCCUCAACAUUCUGCCAGAGACGGUUUUUGCACUAAAGGGGUGGGUAUGGAUUAAAUAGUAAUCUCAUGGAUGUAUUUGGCAAUCAACUCCUGAAUCUCUAAAGCAGUGAACGCUCACUUCUCCAAACAGGUCGCUAAAUUAAAUUUUGCUUGGCAAUCGCAUGGCAUCUCAGGAGGCAUGCAAGGCUUGUAGUGUAACAUUUCCAUACUAAGUGCCAAUACCGUACAAUCCAUGGGCCGGGCAUCUGUUCUGCAUUGAGGAGUCUAAAGUAACAAAUCCACUAUAAAAAAAAAAACAGUUUCCUGAUCAGGAGAUGAUUUACCUCAGCUAUUUACGUCAAUCAAAUCUAAUUUACGUAAAUCCCUCAACACCUGUAUGAUCAGACUCUCUAUUAGGGGUUUUUCAAUGAGACUUGUUUAUGAAGAGCUGAAGAGGACCAUUUGGGUGUACAAGGGAAAUCUGUUUUCAUUCAAGUGAUAAAAAGCCAAAGGCAAGCCCAGCUAUCAGAAGCUGCACUCGUGGCUUGCCCCAGCAGACGCCUGAAUGCACUAGAGGAACUUGUGCAAGGUACAAUGUGGUCCGGCACUGACUCAUUGGGGUGAACCCAAAUCCACAUGGCAUUUGGGAUUCUCCACUACUUUAGUUUUAUAACACGUUUAUUGAACUAUAGUCUUUUACAGGGUGUAACAGUUUGAUACAAUUGACAUAAGAAAAUGCAAAGCUGUGAGAAAUGUAUUAGGGUUAGAUGCGGAAAACACAAUAACUAUAGGUAGACAGUACCACUAUCAGGUAGACAGUACCACUAUCAGGGUAGACAGUACCACUAUCAGGUAGACAGUACCACUAUCAUGUAGACAGUACCACUAUCAGGGUAGACAGUACCACUAUCAGGGUAGACAGUACCACUAUCAGGUAGACAAUACCACUAUCAGGGUAGACAGUACCACUAUCAGGGUAGACAGUACCACUAUCAGGUAGACAAUACCACUAUCAGGGUAGACAGUACCACUAUCAGGUAGACAUUAUUACAUAGACAGUACCACUAUCAGGGUAGACAAUACCACUAUCAGGGUAGAAGUCCCACUAUCAUGGUAGACAAUACCACUAUCAGAGUAGACAGUACUACUAUCAGAUAGACAGUCCCACUAUCAGGGUAGACAGUACCACUAUCAGGGUAGACAGUACCACUGUCAGGGUAAACAGUACCAUUAUCAGGGUAGACAGUACCACUAUCAGGUAGACAGUACCAUUAUUACAUUUACAUUUUAGUCAUUUAGCAGACGCUCUUAUCCAGAGCGACUUACAGUUAGUGAAUACAUUUUUUUUUUAUACUGGCCCCCCGUGGGAAUCGAACCCACAACCUUGGCAUUGCAAAUGCCAUGCUCUAUCAACUGAGCUACAUCCCUGCCGGCCAUUCCCUCCCCUACCCUGGACGACGCUGGGCCAAUUGUGCACCGCCCAUGAGUCUCCCGGUCACGGCCGGCUGCGACAGAGCCUGGAUUCGAACCAGGAUCUCUAGUGGCACAGUUAGCACUGCGAUGCAGUGCCUUAGACCACUGCGCCACUCAGGAGACAGGUAGUGGUAUUAUCAGGGUAGACAGUACCACUAUCAGGGUAGACAAUACCACUAUCAGGGUAGACAGUACCACUAUCAGAGUAGACAGUCCCACUAUCAGAAAAUGUUUUCCCUGUACCUAUUAGAGUGCACAUACAGUGGCAGCAUAAUCUAGACUUCAUCUGGGCUAUCAGGGAGUAAUACUGUGUCUGACUGACAUCAAAUGAAUAACCAGAGGACUGGAUGAAAGCUAUCGAAUGAAUGAAUUAAAAAAACUUGUCAAAUCGCCAGUUAUGGGAUUAAUUGACACAUAAACAAACAUUACAAUAAUUCACAGUGAUAACUCUUCUUCUGGUGUUCUCUGCAUUGCGCAUCGCAUAAAGACUGAAAAAGAUCAAUACAAAUAAAAUAAAAAUAUCUGUUGCCAGGUGCAGCCCAGUGGCAGUGAGAUGGGCUAUAGACGGUGAGACGGGCUGGAGGCCAGUCAAUAAGUGGACUGUUCUAUAGACUGCUGGCCCUUUUGAGAAGCAUACAGUAAAAUGGGGCUGAUGUGUCAAGAUUAGAACAGCAUUAGCAGUGCCAAAUGAUCUACAGUGCAUACUUCAGAAACUAAUGAAAAUGGAGUAACUGCAAUCUCACAAUUCUGUACCGUCUGUCCUUGUAAAAGUUUCAUCAGCUUAUAGUAUUAUUUUGAUAUAAUGCUUUAUUCAUGGGGUUGUUCCUUCUCUCCCAGCAUACUCAGACCCCAACCGCCCCUGGGCCUGGUCCAGAGGAGGGCCCCGUGAUGCAGCUCGUCCACAGGCCCCUACGGCGGGAGAAGCGUUGUUCCUGUGAGAACCUGAAUGAUAAAGAAUGUGUGUACUUCUGCCACAUUGGCAUCGUCUGGGUCAACACUCCUAGGUGAGUCCAUCAAGAACAACAUCUCACAGCACAAAUAGAAUUCACCCUCUCAUAAACAAAACGUAGUUAGAAAGAUCUCUAAGACAGAGAUAUCUGUGUUGUGAAAACAGAGAAGUUUGUCUAUACUUAGUUUAGUUGGACAGAUUGCAAAGGUGGAGAUACAUAACAUUUUAAUGAUCAAUUCUCACACUGUAUCAUAUUUGCGUAUUGAGCCAUAUUGUACAGUAUAAUUAAGAAAUAAGGCCGGGGGGGGGGGGGGGGGGGGGUGUUUAUGGCCAAUAUACCACAGCUAAGGGCUGUUCUUAAGCAUGACGCAAUGCGGAGUGGCUGGAUACAGCCCUUAGCCGUGGUAUAUUGGCCAUAUACCACAGACCCAGAGGUGCCUUUUUGCUAUUAAUACAUUUACAUUUUAGUCAUUUAGCAGACGCUCCUAUCUAGAGGGACUUACAGUUAGUGAGUGCAUACAUUUUCAUACUGGCCCCCCGUGGGAAUCGAACCCACAACCCUGGUGUUGCAAACGCCAUGCUCUACCAACUGAGCUACACAGGACUAUAAACUGGUUGCCAACAUAAUUAGAGCAGUAAAAAUAAACGUUUUGUCAUACCCGUGGUAUACGGGUAUAUACCACGGCUGUCAGCCAAUCAGCAUUCAGGGCUCGAACCACCCAGUUUAUAAUUGCAUAUUAAGUCAUCGUAUGUUGUGACAGUGUUCUGAGAAGCCACAGGGGUUUUUCGUGAUUUAUUAUCACAUCAGAGUGUAAUGAGCUGGAUGAUUUGUGGUACUUCGUAAAACUCAAAACCACAGUGUCAAGGAUUUAAUUUAAAAUAAGAGACAGUUACUGUCUAUCAUCAACUCAGACUUUCUCUCUCAACUCUUUCCUGCUGAAGUUUCUUGUUCAACACGAAAUACCAGUGAACUUCAACACUACAGUUGACCCACAAUAAGUUGGAUCUGAACAUACAGUACUUCCUGAGCCAAAUAUCCCACAUCCAAUUAGUUGGAGGAGCGGUUAGGGCAUCUGGCCUCUCUUGUUAAUUCCUUGUUUCCUCAGGCGUUCAUAUGUGUUCUGGAAGUACAAGGUUUUUAUAAGUUUGCCAAUAUACUUUCCAAUGGUUAGCCCAAAACAGCUACUAAAGACCAAGACCUAUACAGUGUAGGUCCUGUGCUAUGUUUAAACAUGGAAUCACAGUAGUAGUAUGCAAUUAUGUGAUCCUUUGUUGUUGCCCUGUGACAUGAUGAGGUUGGACCCAUGAGCAGAGAAUAGACUAAAUGAGGAAUCGGUGUUAGAAGUAAACAUAAAUACUUUACUGAGAAUAGGUAGCAGCAGGAUUACAGUAACGCUGAGAAAAAAACAAACACUAGGACUAGAGAACUUACUCAGGAGGCAAACACACAUGACAAACGAAUCAAGCUACUGCAAAGGGAAACAGAAAACACACCUCUCUUAAAGGGGAACUCAAUUAGAAAAUACCUGAGUGUCAUAAUAGUCUCUAGGACGGUCUCUGUCGCCCUCUGGUGACAGGUGGAACCAUGACAGUACCCCCGUCUUCUAGAAGCGGCUCCAGCUGCGGAGCCAGGGCGAACUCCCGAACCAGUCCCGGAUCCAGGAUGUCCCUGGCAGGCACCCACGCCCGCUCCUCGGUAGCGUAACCCUCCCAGUCCACCAGGUACUGCAGGGCACCUUGGACCCGAAGAGCCUCCAACAGACGCCGGACAGUAUAGGCCUGGCAGUAUUCAGUAAGUCGAGGAGGCGGAGGGGCAGGUGUGGGGGGAGAGAAGGGACUGGUUCUUACCAACUUGAGUCGGGAAACAUGGAAGGAUGGACAGACUUUCAUAGACCUGGGAAGCUGGAGAAGGUAAGUGACUGGGUUGAUGAGACUCCGGAUCUUGAAUGGUGCAACAUAGCGCGGAGCGAGCUUCCGCAAGUCCAACUUUAAGGGAAGAUCACGGGUGGACAGCCAUACCCGUUGACCCGGUCGGAGGAGCCGAAGAGCCCUUUGGUGUCGGUUUGCCUGGUGCUGAUGUCGGACAGAGGAGCAGAGCAAGGUGGAUCGCGCUCUGAUCCAGGUGCGGUGACAUCGGCGAAUGAAUGCCUCGGCUGAUGGCACCCCCACUUCGGCCUCCUGUUCAGGAUAUGGGGGGGCAAACCUGAACUGACACUCGAACGGCGACAGUCCAGUGGAUGAGUUUGGCAGUGUGUUGUGAGCAUAUUCCGCCCAGAUGAGGAAUUUGCUCCAGUUGACAGCCUGAGAAGAGACAAAACAGCGGAGGAACUUCUCCAGCUACUGGUUGACCCGCUCAGUCUGCCCAUUCGACUGUGGGUGGAACCCCGAGGAGAGACUCACCGACGCCCCCAACAGGGAGCAGAAGGCUUUCCAAUACCGCGCCACGAACUGGGGCCCACGAUCCGAGACAAUGUCCUGGGGAAGUCUGUGUAGUCGAAAGACAUGGGUAAUCAAGAGUAGUGGUCUCCCUCGCUGAGGACAACUUGGGCAAAGCAAUGAAAUAGGCUGCUUUGGAGAACCCAUCGAUGACUACCAGGAUAGUGGUCAGCCCUUGGGAAGGAGGUCACCUUGUGAUACAGACAGGUGGGACCAGGGCCGGCUGGGGAUGGGCAGAGUUUGGAGCAAUCCAGCCUGUCGCUGUCAUGAAGAUUUACUUUGGGCACAGGUGGAGCAGGCCAUCACAAAGGACAUCACAUCCUCAGUCAUGUUGGGCCACCAGAAUCUCCGCAUCAGGAACUCCAGUGUCCAAUUAACCCCUGGGUGCCCAGACAAUUUAGAGGUGUGUCCCCAUUUAAGUACUUGGGACCGGACUGAUCGCAGAACAUAGAGCCUGUUAGCGGGACCCCCACCGGGGUCAGGUUCUCGGUUCUGGGCAUGUCGUACUGUGGUCUCAAUACUCAAUGCGGGAACUGGGGAUGAUAAGCUCGGAGCCCCUCUCCUCGUUAGAGACAUCGUGCUGACGGGACAGGGCGUCUGCCUUCUGAUUCUUGGAUCCCGGGAAAUAGGCUAGUGUGAAGUUGAACCUGUGAAAAAACAGAGCCCGCCUAGCCUGGCGAGAGUUCAACCUCUUGGCUUCUUGAAUGGAGACCAAGUUCUUAUGGUCUGUCCAGAUCACGAAAGGAUGAGGUGCCCCCUCCAACCAGUGUCUCCACCCCUCAAGAGCCCACUUUACUGCCAAGAGCUCCCGAUUGCCUACAUCGUAGUUGCGUUCCGCUGGCGAGAACUGCUUGGAGAGGAAGGCGCAUGGGUGCAGUUUCUUGUCCUCCUCGUUCCGCUAUGAAAGGACCACCCCUGCUCCGGUGUCUGAGGCGUCCACCGCUACCAUGAAGGGACGAGUAGGAUCAGGAUGAACGAGGAUGGGCUCUGAGGUGAAACGUCCCUUGAGCUCCACAAAUGCCCUGUCAGCCUCGGGGGUACAGCAAAAACGGGUCUGGGACCCUGCCACCGCACCAAAAUUGCGUAUAAAACACCUGUCUCACACGUUCUCGGAUGCGGUUGUCAAGCCUGAUUGCCAGUGUUAUCAGUGACUCAAGGUCCUCUCCCAGUUCUUGAGCGGCCAGUUCAUCCUUGAUGGGGUUAGACAGACCCUGGUGGAAAGCGGUAACCAGUGCCUCCGUAUUCCACCCGCUCUCAGCGGCGAGGGUGCGGAACUCAAUGGCGAAGUCAGCCACUGGUCUGGUCCCUUGGCGGAGUCUGAACAGUCGGCUUGCUGCACCUCGCCCACCGACUGGGUGGUCGAAGACUCGUCGCAACUCGGCAGGGAAGGCCAAUAUGGAGUUGCAGGAUGGUGACUGCUGUUCCCACACCGCCGUAGCCCAUGCCAGGGCCCUGCCCGAGAGUAGAGAGAUGAUGUAGGCGAUCAUGGCUCGAUCGGUGUGGAACGAGGAGGACUGUAACUCGAACACCAGAGAGCACUGAGUAAGGAAUCCCUUGCAUCCUCCCGGGUGACCGUCGUACCGCUCGGGGGCAGGGAUCUUGGGUUCCCGGUGCAGGUUCCCUGGAGGACCUAUGGCGACACCUGUAGUACUGGGCGAUGAGACUUGGGCAUUGGCUCCUCCUGGGUUGGGGUUGGAGGGAAUUGAUAAGUGCCUGAAGGGUCUCAGAUAUUUAGGAGAGUUGUUCUUGCUGUCGUCUCAACAGUGCUCCUUGGUGGGUUAUAACAUUCUUGAUGAGGGUGAUCUCUGCUGGGUCCAUGUUGGUGGCAGUAGCUUGCUGUGACAUGAUGAGGUUGGACCCAGGAGCAGAGAACAGACCAAACGAGGAAUCAGUGGUAAAAGUAAACAUAAAUACUUUACUGAGAAUAGGUAGCAGCAGGAUUACAGUAACGCUGAGAAAACAUCAAACACUAGAGAACUUACUCAGGAGGCAAACACACAUGACAAAUUAAUCAAGCUACUGCAAAGGGAAACAGAAAACACACCUCUCUUAAAGGGGAACUCGUAAUUAGAAAAUAGAAAACACCUGAGUGUCAUAAUAGUCUCUAGGACGGUCUCUGUCGCCCUCUGGUGACAGGUGGAACCAUGACAUGCACUUAUCAUAUCAUCGGUAAUACCACAGUUCCUCCUACCAAACAUACUUAAACAUAAGAAUGGAAAUCAGCAGUUAGGAACUGAUAUUGCAUUUCACAUUAAUGUUCACAAAUAAUCAUUCAUUUCCAAACUGAGCAUAGGAUCUUCUGAGACUCUUGCAUGGUUUCUACUCAAUUCUGUUGACUCAAGCUAUCUACUUCCAACGCCAACUCUUGCAACUAAGACAGUUCACAGUUCAUAAAGAGUAGAGGACACUUACUGGCAGCUAAAGAGACAGGCUUUCACCAUCCAAAAAUACUGAGGUUAAACUUCAACAGAGAGAAAGAGACGAAGGGGGGAAAAUGAAAGGGUCACCUUUCAACAGCUGCCAAAAACACAGUAUGGAAUGCAGAUGUUUUGGCUGCUCAGACAGACAGGCAGACAGACAGGCAGACAGAUGGGUGCAUGUGUGUGCAUGUGUGUGUGUGUGCAUGUGUGUGACGGUGUGUGGAGAACACAGGGAGGAGGUGACCCUGUUUGAUGGGGAUGUUUUGAGUCAUGCAUAGCAUAUGGAAUCAGUUCACUGUGUGGUCUUGUUAACAUGUCCCAGGCAUGAGAUGGGCAACAAGCCAUCAUGUCGGGCAGGCAGACUGGCUCUGGUUGGCUUCAGGAUCAGGUUAAUAUCCAGAGCAAUGAAGCAGCAGAUUUAGGAUAUAUAAAUGUGUUAUGGUAGACUGGCGUCCUCUCUGUGUUCUGUAAGUCAGGUUUAAUACAUUAUACCCUCGAGACUCACUAGACACCAGUGUUUGCUCAGCUUUACAGUUUUUUUUUACAUGAUCUGCCUCAUUGGUUCUGUAAAAGCAUUUUGUGAGUGCCAAUAGAGAUAUAAUAUAGGAUAUUGAGCUAUUAAGCGCCCCUUAGCCCAAAAUAAAUUAACAUAAUAAAAUAAUUCCCACCAAAGUGGGAGAUAUCAGUUUUUUGCAUGGGCUGUGUCUCAAUCCACCGCAUCUGCCGAUAUCAUACAGUAUGAAAAAUGUAUGCACUCACUAACUGUAAGUCGCUCUGGAUAAGAGCGUCUGCUAAAUGACUAAAAUGUCAAAUGUAAAUAUCACCCUUCCGCAUUUGCGGUGAUAGGUGGCAGAGCUAGAGCGGUGUUUGUCAGACCGUGAGAUGUCCCGAAAAUUGCUCUUCUCACAAAAACGUCUGUAGCGCCCGAACAGUUUGGCCUAUAAAGUAUUAUGACCACUCUAUUGAAAGUUGAGACUCUCAUAAACAUGAUAGCUUCUGUCUGUAGCAUCUGAACUGUUUGGGCUACACACAAGCCUCACAAGACUCAUCUGAAGGUCCCGGUACUAGUUAGAAAAUGAAUGGAAGUAUAUAUAGAGAUAUUUUAGACACUAAACUAAGGGCAUAAAUACGUAAAUUAAACAAAAAUAGUUUCCUGAUCUUAUAUUUCUCAGAUAUAGGACAGACACUUCAGAACAAACUUCCUUUAGAUUUUUUGUGGAACUAUCUGUUGUUCCAUGUUGUGAAUUUGUUAUUCAAUGUGUUUCUAUUGACUAAUAACAGUAAUGGCAAAUUCAAUGUUUCAUCCAAUGAUUGUUUUAUAGAAUUUUUUGAUACCUUAAUUCAAAAUAAAAUUGCUAAAUGAUCCUUGGUAUGACCAUCUUAAUACAAUUCCAUAUGUUAGCUUAGAACCCACCCACUCCCCUCCCCCGGCUUAGACAGGGCUUGGACUCUAGAAGGUUAAGAGCACAUGAAAAAUUAAUUCCUGACAUCCUGUGCUGUAAUAAAAUAAAACAAAACACUAAGUUCCCUUUGUAAGUUGACAAAGACGAACAUUCAAUUAAAAGCUGUUGUGUUUAUCAGUGCAUGUAAAUAGUGAACUCAUCAUUCCCGUAACUCUCUCCAGUCAGGUAGUGCCAUAUGGAGUGGGCUCCUUCCCUGUUCGACUGAGGAGAGAGGUGGGACGGUGCUUCUGCGUGAAGAGAAAUGACUUUGAGUGUCUUCACUUUUGCUUUGCCUUGGAUACACUCAAAGAGUAAGUGUUCUUGAAUCACACUUAAAAUGUGUUAAUAUCAUUGCUAUCCCAUAUGAAAUAUUGGGAGGAAAAACAUUGUCAUAAUUUCAUUAUUUUCAUAGAGGUGAAAAUUAUUUGGUCAAGAGGAGAUUUGCGACAAAGUUGAAGAAGAGAUAUAAGGCUGAAAUCUCAAAUAAAAGGAUCCAACAAACACUAAUGCAAGAAACCUGA